CCCCCCCCCCCACUACUGCAGCAGGCGGACCCCCUCUCUGUAUUGUGCCAUCUCUUUAAGCUAGGACAACUCCCCCCAGCCUCUCUGGACUUCAUGUCUGUAUUUUACCCUAUUCCUUGCACUGACUACCUGAGAUCAGCUGAGAUGACUGAGGUUAUAAUGAACACUCAGCCCAUGGACGAGAUCGGUCUAAGCCCUCGCAAAGAUUCCUAUCAGAUCUUCCCAGAUCCUUCAGACUUCGAACGAUGCUGCAAACUGAAGGAUCGGCUCCCCUCCAUUGUGGUGGAGCCCACAGAGGGGGAUGUGGAGAGCGGAGAACUGAGAUGGCCCCCAGAAGAGUUCCUGGUGGAAGAAGAGAAGGAAUCCAACUGCGAUACACAAAAGAAAGACAACAAGGAGCAAUAAUCAUGUUUUGACCCUUGUCAUUUGGAAGAGGAAUUGCCCAUCAAUGGGCCUACUAUGAAUCGGUUAGGAAGGAUUUUGUUAACCAUGACAAAUUCCAAGACGCACGAUGAGUCUUUUUUUUUUUUCUUUUUCCUCUUGGUGGAAGAAUCCAGCCUCCGUUGUGAUUAAAAGCCCCAAGUCUUGAAGAAGUGUUUUUUUUUUUUGCUUUUUUUAAUUCAAUCAUUAGAAUACUAUCUGAGGUUUUUCCAAGGCUAGAUGCAGUGAUAAUCUUAGAAUAAUGUAAGAAGGAAUUCUUUGGACAGAGGCACAGACUCAUCGACUAUUAAGAAAACUGCCUUCUCUGCAAGAACACAAGGUUAACCCGUCUCUUCUCCAUCUGAAUGUUCUGUCAUUCUGUCCAGACUGGAGUCUUGGUUGAUACCAUCUUCUGGUGAACUGGCUGUGUACAUCUCUGCUCCAUUCCCAACAAGUUCUAAAUGACAUCGAUGUGUCGUAACUAUUUGUAAUUGGAUCAAAAAGUGGAAUCUGUCUCUGUAGUAUUAAUACCAGUGUUCAUCAGUGUGUACAGGGAUGCAAUUAUUGUCAUGUACUUGUCCUGUACUAUGAGAUGUUGGUGUGUUCCUCGGUUUGUCGUAGGGGUCAGCAACUAAGUCAACAUUGUAGACCAGUAUGUAAAGUUCUCCGGUAUGAAAAAAACAAAAAACAUUGCGCUUCCUUUCUGGAUAAAAUGGCCAUCUUGUGUAUCACUUAUGUUGUGUGUGCUCAGAAGUCAUCGAAUUGGUGUGUUGGUCAUCGUCAACCAUCGUGGCUUGUACCUAUCGCUGAAUGCAGUUGUACGUUGGCUGUCCGUUAUGGCAUGGAAAUGAGAUUGGGAAAAGUUUGCCAAAAUAUUAGUGGUAGGCAACGAGUUACUCAACUUCUCGCAAGAUGUAUUAGAAGUCAAUCCAGGAUUGAGGUUGUCGGGACAUAUUUUCUGUGUUAAGUCAACCACGUUUGGUGGUCUGUUCGCACAUUCUUGAUUUCGCAGGCUGUGACGGAUGAAGCUCAUAGAGGAGAGCUCUUAAAAAAAGACAUAUCCAUCUCUUCCAGUGAGAUCCCACGUUCACAAUCCAAAAGGCCUUUUACAAGACCCAUAGUUGCCCUUUAGUCCACCAAAUGUUUCAAGCCUUUUAUUUUUAGAGAAUACUUUCCUACCCGUUGAAUUGAAAGAUACCUCGGCUGGUGGCCAUUGUGGAGAUUGCCUAUUACACAUCAUAUUACCAGAUGCUUUGUCCUUGUAGACCGGUAAAAUAUUUUCCAAUGAUUAUACAGCAAUAAUUCUUGUGCUUUGAUCUGUUAAAUUCUAAAAAAUUCUCGUGUAGAUCUUGCACAGGUUUGUGGUAGUGUCCACCGUCAAAUGGUCUUCAUGACCAUCUGAAGGCUCUCCAGGUUAUAGUGUAUGUCUGUCAUGGGUUCACAAACUGGUUACGGGGUAAGGGGUGCAAAUGUUAGAGCAUCACCGAUGAGUGCAACAGAUGUGCCGUAACCCGCAUGGAACGUGAUACACUUGUGAUGGUGAUCCAGUAGAUAUGUAGUGACAAUCCACUGAGACCUCGUGACUAUCUUCAUUCUAUGCCAUCCGUCAAAGGUUCUUCUGAGCUCUCGGAAAAAAACAAAACAUAAACAACAAAAAAAAACUUUAAGGUCAAUUCAGUGGAAGGAACUACUUUUGUGUUUGUCUCGAUUUUUUUUGUUUGUUUUUUCUCCUUUUAUUGAGAGUAUUGUAAAUUUUCAUUUGUUACAGAUGUCUGCGAACAAAAGCACUCGAGUAAACUCUGUUGUAUAAUAGUUAUAUAUAAAUAUAUAUUUCUGUAAUUUUUGAGGCUCAGGGAGAUGCUAGCUUUUUUUUUUUUUUUCAAAAACCUUUAUGUCACUGUGACAGUUGUAAAUAAAGUUUCAAAUUGCUUUCCAACUCA